AUGAAGGACGAAAUUAGAAAGCAACGCGUCACGCUCCCCUCAAAGCGAAGGCGCCACGUCAGUGUGGCGUUCAGCACGAGCAAGCCCACCCCAACCAAGAGCACCCGAUCCCAUACAUCAAACCUGAAGAGGGGCUCCACUUCCACUACGGACACCUUCACACCUCGGACGAAGAGUGGAAGCCGCAAGCACCCACACAGUGGCAGUGCGACAUUGAGUGGAGGAGAACCAGCAGCACAGCCGCAGAGCGUCCGAAGGGCUCGUGGCGCCUCCGUCGCGACAACCGGCGCUCCUGAGGGCAUCGAGACUGUGGAUGUCGCGCCUGUGACGAGAUACUGGAGCAGCGACUGUCGUCGCAUUCCGAGUGCGAGCCGGAUCGGCUCGACCUUGAUGGCAGCUGCAAGAGGGAGAAGCGACCGGAGCUUCAGCUCAAGAAGCAGCACUGCCACGUCGACCCACCUGCCGAUUUCUGCGGAGAAUUUGGCCAGCAACAGCUGCUCGGUGGUCAGCAGACGAAACGAGGACCCCUCGCCGGGAUCUCCUCGGGCCUCCUCUGGACCACUCCCAGCUGCCUCCAGCACCCUCGCCUCCUCCGUCGGUGGCAACGUGGCGCAGCUCUGCCGCACCCCCGUCACCGCCCCUACCCCCGCCGCCCCCCUGCAUGCUGCCUUCACCACGCCGCACUUUAACGGGCACACACGCGGCUCCGGCAGCGAACCUGGUGGCGCAGGCUCGAAGGGCCCGCCACCCCGCCACAUUGGUAGCCCAGGCAGUGGCAACUUGGAUACGGACAGCUCCUCCUCUUCCUUCCGCCCUAGCCAAAACCCGACGAGCGCGCAGGCGGCGACGCAGGUGCCCUCCCCGUUGCCGGUGAUACAGCAGCGCGGCGGCGAGAUGCGACGGCGUUCAUCUUUCGCGCCGGAAUCGCCAGCGGGUGCGUCGCGGGGCCUCGACGCGCCUGGUGUCGUCAGCGACGCAGAUCCCGCUCAGCCAUCGCCAGCCUCGGGAGUUUCAACCACGAACUUCCCGCUGGUCGACACGCGGUAUAUGCAGCCACCCCCUGCGCCCCAGCCGCCCCUGCGCGCGCUCGCUGCCGCAGCUUCCAUGCCAGAACUCGACGUGCCGUCGGUGAAGUCGGUGUCCACCGCAUGCCAACCGUUGCCGCCACCGCCACUGGUACAUCAGCGACGGCAGCCUAUGCCGGCACUCGAAGACAGCCAGCGUGGGGCCUGGACUGUCAAAGGCAGCUUGGCGCCUGCGGGCUCCCCGCUCUCCUUCGGUGCGAGGAGCCCGUCCCUCAUGAGCACCUCGCGGCCGUCGAGCAGGAGCGACCGCCGCAGUCCCAGAGAACGCAGCGAUGGUGGCCAUCGCGCGGUGGUCUUCUGGUUUGCUACAACAGAACAAGAGGAAGGUGCGGCAAUGACAACCCCGCAGCGAGAGCAGCAGGAGAGCGGAGACAGUGACUUCGCACCCCAAAGCAGACAGCUGCUCGGGCAGCGCGACCACUCGAUCAGCAACUCGAUGUGCCUCAUCUCCAUGGCCUCGGCAGCGACGUCGAUGGUGGGCGAGCUGCCCCCUCCACCGCCUCCGCCGCCGGCGCAGCUGUCUAUCGGGAGAGGAAUUAAGACCGAUGGGGGAACACCGCCGCAGCAGCCCCCUCGCGUAAGUGUUCCUACGAGUCAACUUCUCCAUCAACUCGACGGUUCAGAAAGUCGCGUGCGUGCGCCGUCUGGGGUGCACGGAGGAGCCUACGUCGGGAACGGCAGCGCUGGCGGCAGCGUCCUUGACGCGAGCAUCGCCAGCAGUCGUCGCAGCGACUCCGCCUCUUCCUCAUGGCGGGAGAGCACUGGCCACAUAAAGCUCUUCUUGCUGUCGCCUGUGAAGAGUCCGCCCGGAUCUCUAACCAGCAGCAUCCUCGUCCCCUCUGCGGCCAUGCCAGGCGGCAGUGAGGACGGUGCGAUUGUCGCCGACGCGAAGGGGUUGCCGUCCUACUCGGAUGCGCGCCAUAGCGGGGCGGCGUCACAAGCGCAGCCUUCGCACUACCCCUCAAGCGCCACCUCCCUCCACAGCGCAGUGGUGAACGUGCAAAGCAUGGACAGCGCCGACGGCGUGGAGGAGGAGGACACGCUUGGACUCCGUCAAGCAGUGGCGCCGCCGCUCCUGCUGCCGGCUCGUUUCCCCGCGUCAGCAUCGGUGUCCGCCAGUGCGGCAACAUCGUCGAGUGUAAAAGUCGACGCGCUCGACGCUGACAUCGAUGAGCAGGCAGACGCCGAGCCAAUCGCCGUCGAUGGCGCCGCCGCUGCCGUAGGUGGGCCAGCGCAGUCCUCCGAGUCGUCGACGCCGCGACCGUCACCGCCACCGCCCUCCAUGGCCGUCAAGACUACCCAAGGUGCAGGCAAGUCCGAUAGCGAUAAGGACCAUACCUCCAAGCCCAGCAGCGGCACUGCCUCUGGAAAGGGUAAAGCACAGAUUGUGACAACCAUCCUGCAGGCGCCGUUGCUCGUGAGCAGUGAAAUCUCCGCUCACGCCCGCCUUUCGAAGGCGCAGGCACUCUCGCCUCGUCAGCAGGAGCUAGCGCAGUCGUUUCGCAACCGCAUCCAAGUGGGCGUCCGCCCUCCCCGUCGUCAGCGGUCAGCUCAUCUCGUGACCUCAGCUUCGCGCGACCGGCGUCGCAGCAGCAGCGGCGGCGGCAGCACCAAGCGACGAGAGAGUAGCUUACGGCGCACGAAAGGCCAGUCAAUACAGCAGCCUGUCGCCGCGCUGUCCUUCAUCGCGGUUGCCGUGGUUGCCGUCGCGUAUGCGAAGAUCCUCAGGCCUGUGCAUGCCUUUCGUGCGCGUCGUCAUUUCGACGAGGUGAUAGCGCCUGCUGCCGCGUACCGCAUCCAGUGCAAGUGGCGGCGGCGCCUGCAGCUGCGCAGGGUGGAGCAGAAGACAGCCGUGCAGCUGCUCGUGCCGUGGAUGCGGCUCCGGCUGCAGCGCUUGCGCCGCGCCAAGGAUGCAAGUGCGCGUCUGCUACAGCGCGUGUUUCGCGGCGAGGUUGUGCGCUCCCUUCACCGAUACUUGUAUGAGCAGAUAAAGCGCAAUCACGCGCUCGACGUCAUUCGCCGCUACGUGCAGCGCUGGGAGGCACAGAAUCUCUACCGUAGACUGCGGAUGCAGCGCGAUGAGCGGGCCAUCGUGGUGAGUCAGUGCGUGCAAGGGUCCCUGCAGCUGUUUCGGGCAGAGCAAGUCGAGUGGAACGCCAUCGUGCAGGACGGCGCCGAGACACUGCAGAGCAGGCCGUGCGUGAGUAUGCAGGACUGGGUCGAAGGCGUGGCCGCGCUGACGGGGGUUGUGCUCGACCCACGCGCGUCGAACCGCAUCCGCUCACCAGAGGCGAGUCCAGUGGUGUCGACCAGUGCAGGGUCGACACCUACGGCGCAGCUCCGCGAGUGUCUUGCUGCGUUUGCGCGGCUGGAGCAUCAAGUGUUCCGGUCCCUUGGCAUCAAGGACGAUAAGAUGGCAAGCAAUAGCGACGCCUCCGCGCCCUCCUCCACUGUGCUGCCGCUACGGCCAUUGCAGCCCACCCCGGCCCCGGAGAUGCGCGCAACAAAGCUGAUACAAGGUGAGCGCAAAGGCGGCUCCGUGGCGGCGCACGAUGACGACGACCACUCGUACACUGGGGCGUCGACGGCGGACGACGGCGCAUCUGACUCGCCGGCACCAGCGGGUUCGCUGGCCACGGAGGACGACUUGGUUGCCGCUUACCUACAGCUUCUUUGCCGCACCGAGGCCGCGGAGCGGGUGGCGCUGGAGCGUCGGUUGCUGGACGAGCACCAAGAGCUCCUGCGCGAGCCGCUGCUGCGGUGCAAGGCUAUCUGCUAUGCCACCGCGAUGCGGGUCCCACCGCUCUUCUCGCCUCUGCUGCUGAGCAUGCCAUGUGAUUCACUGCUGCUCCAGGCCGCUCGUCUUUUCAAAGCGGAGCGAGAGGCGCGAUGCGAGAUCAUUCAGCUGUACGAGUCGAUGCCGCUCGCGUGUCUACGCCGGCCCAUGCUGAACCCCGCCGCGAAGGCUCGCCACAGCGAGCUCGUGCGGCUCUUGAACGGCGUGGACGACCCGUGGAGUGACGCGGAGCGUAGCGAGCGUCGCUUUUACUGCGAGACCGCCGCCUACAAGCACCUUGCCAGCAGCACAAGCAAGCUGGAGGGCAGCAACUCACUCUCCUACACACCGCAGCCGUCGUCGAUCCCGCUCGGUGCCGACGACGCUCCCUGCUCUCGCUUGACGGGUCCGUCGCACGUGGCAACGCGCACCAACGGUGGUGACUCUGUGCCGCCGCUGCGGCCCCUACCGCGCCCAACCCCCUACGGCACUCCGAGCGGACCACGAGUCUGCAUGAGGGUCACACCACACAUACACUAUUACGCCAAAUCUCUCGUCACGGCAUCUCUGCCGGCGCACGCGACGCUCCUCUUGCCACCCUCCAACAACUCCGCGGCCUCGUUGGCGCCAGAGGGCGACGGUGCCGCGGCGACAGACAAGGACGACCGUCACGCGAACAGCAUUCUGGCCAGCGGGCACCGCUGGAGAAGCGAAGCGCAAUGCAAGACAGCGAUCCCGUCGCCGCACCGCCGCCCACGCGGACCGCCGCUGCCGCUGCUGCGAAAACUGCUGCAGAGUCCCGGCCGCGUACGCGGCGGCACCUCGCGUCCGCCGUUCCAGAGAGUCCCGGUCGCCCCUACGCAUCUUCUCGAGAAUAGAGAGGGAGCUAGCGGGCCGUGGCCACCCCUGCUGAGCACCUACCCGAACACCACGCACUUAUGGCUUGUCGGUAUCCGGAGGCCGUCGACGGAGCAAGAGGGAAGAAAUGCAGAGGUUGGUACUGCGGGGUCUUCUCAGCGCUACACCAACGACGUCUCGCAAGACGCUGACGCAGGAGUCGCGCCGCGGCUGCCCUCCCCGGCCAUUGCGGAACAGGGGCGCUGUACCACCACGGCACACGCCACAUCAGCGGCGCCAGCCGUGGCAGCAGGCCAUUUCCUCAACCGUCGUGGAUUAAGAGCCCGGGGGUCGGUCACGAUGAGCAGCCACUCCAGUGGGAACGUCACGGAGAACACCGCCGUAUCAACCCAUGAGAAGGCGGUGCCGCUACUCUGCGCAGGCUUCGUGGAGUGCAUUCCCACAGCCCAACCUGUCGGCACGCCCGAUCCGGGAUUCAUUCCCUUGACGACAACAGUAGGGUCGACACCCAAGAUGCGGUGCUCCACCGCAGCGCCGCGAGAGCCCCUGGCACCGUCUUCGAUGUUGCAGGAGCUUCCAGUGUGCCGGCGCCAACAGAACGAUACCCCCAUCUCGGCGCGACUUGGCAAGGACACCUCCGGUGAUGCCGCGCUACUCAGCACCCCAACGCCCGACUUCUCCAGUGCUUCUGUUGCGAGUGCACUUCCGAUUUUCACCACAGCCGCCUCAACGGCAGUGGAGGCCGCCAAUCACCGCAGAGCGGCAUGGCGAUCUUCCGACUGGAACCUCUCUCUCCUCUACAUGCCCCUCUCCGUGCGAAGCGAGGUGCGCGAUGGCGACGGCGAGGCGGGCGGUGCCGAAGCGGAUGUUGAGCUGCACCAAGGGCAGCAGCAGCCGUCCACAACCUCAGCAACAUCGGCAGCACAGGCUCCCACGCCGUUAGCGGCUUGCCGAGUCGAGGCAGUCGACUUUCCGCCGACCCCGACACUUUCCUCGUCCGCAUCGACUGUGGUGAAGAAGAGAGCCGACGGCUGGAACCGGACUCCCCUCGCCCCGCAGCGGCUUCGCCCACCCACGCCACCGCCGCGUCAAUGCCAUACCACGCAGUCUGCGGCUCAUAUGGGCGAAGCACCGGAGAGAAGCGCUGUGCGCAGCAUCGUCGCUGCCAGCCCUGCCGAUGGCGCUGGCCACCCUGUCUCGCACAACGGCCCUGCCUCUGCAACGUCUUUGCUUAGCCCCCAUACCCAUCGACCCCACCACUGGGCUGCAGUCCACAGCGACGGCGGGAAAGCCAAUGCAAUGGACGUGAAGAGCAGCGGAAGUAGUAGCAGUGCUGCUAACCGGGCCAUGACGUCGACAGUCGAGGCGCUGCUAUCGCCAGCGGCUCCCAUUGCCUCCGCCGUCGCGGCCGAAAUGCAACCUCUGUCGCUCUCCCAGGGAUGA